GAUACCGUUGAUCUAUAGAGAAUAGUAGGCGGCAGUUAAUAAAACUAUUACACAUUGUAAAUAUUUAAUAUUAUUACAAUCCGUACAGUCUUUCAUUCAUAUUCAAACUAUUUGAUAAGAAGCAUAUAACAUGAAGAUUUUAGAAAUAUUAUUUUUUUACCAAUGUUAUCAUAUGUGUUACUCUCUAGAUACAAUGGACGAUUCAUCAGAUAACGACCGAGGUAAUCAGAAUGAACUAUUCGGAAAUCCACAAGGAAUUUUAGCACAAGGUCUAUUGGACCCACGGAACACUGAAAGUGUAUUUAAAACCCUCUUGUACGACUUAGACAACCAAUAUAAUGAUGAUUAUCCGCUGCCAGAUACAAUUGAAAACAUUGCAGGCAGUGAUUUGUUAGAGAAUCCUCAGAAACGCAUGAACCAUAAAUCAAACGGUUUUAAUCAUGUUGGGAACGAAAUAGAGGAGUCGCCACGCUCAAUUCCGGAUAGAACGACCUUCAAUGCUGUCCGCAGUUACGGAAUGGCGUUCAGCCGUUUGUCACUUCGACCUAUAAUUAGAAUUGAGGUAAAGGCUGAAGAUCCCUUUGACCAGGAGGAACUAUUAUUCGCCACAACAAUCCCAUUAAGACCAAAUUUAGACAUAAUCAACGCCAUAUUUUCAGCUGCAUUACAACAAUAUCUUAAAUUUCCGUCGAAGAGUAAUCCAUUCAAUGUCGUACUUGACUACGAUGUAAAUAGAAACUGUGAUAUUAUUAUCAGUGCCUUAGACAUUCCUAAUAUUGGUACCCACACGUGGAAGGUGAAAAUAAAACGAAGGAGAGGAAAGGUAAUCUACGAUAAUGAAUGCCUGACGACAACCAGAAGGUUACGGAUGAGACAUGGGACAACUAUUUCUAUUUAUUACUCAUAAUUAUAUCAUUGUCUAUACAUAUUUGUGUAAAUAGUUUUUACAAUAUAAUAAAAAUAAGUGUAUUCCA